AUGGCAUCACGUUGGUCAGUGCUUGCAGAAAUGGCUCUUUCUGAGACAUGGGUACAGUUUGUAAUGGCCGCCACUCUUCCCUGCUCCACAGACCAGGGCAGCAUCCAGGCCGCCGCCCUGCCUGGCACUGAUGGCUGUCUGGCCUCCCCGAGGGUCCCUGCAGGACUGGACGCGGCGUGUGCUGGCGGGAGUGGUGCUGUGGUGGAGGUCGUGAGGCCGGGCAGCAGCAUGAGCAGCCGGCGGCAGUGGCAACAGCGGCAGCAGCAGCAGCAGCCAGGGUCAGGUGUGGGGAGGCGCAGGUGUGGUGGCAAGAAUCACCUGGAGGCAGGCAGCUCUGUCCACAGAGGAGAGAGCAAGUUUGAGUGCCAGCAGUGUGACAAAACUUUUGUAUCCAGACAAGGCCUUAAGUACCACACCCUGACACACAGUGGUGUUAGAAAUUAUGAGUGUGAUGAACACACCCUGACACACAGUGGUGUCAAAAAUUAUGAGUGUGAUGAGUGUGGCAAAAGAUUUCCUACCAUUUCUCGUCUCAAUCAACACGCCUUCAGACACACUGGGGUGAGGGAGUUCGAGUGUGAUGUUUGUGGCAAGUGUUUCAAGACAAAGGCUGAGAUUGCCAAGCACAUAAAGAUCCACUUCUGA